AUGAGAAAAAAGAAGUCAGCUUUUUACAUCAAACUUCAAAUUGAUGUCUCUGCAUGCCAACCUGUCGGUAUCAUCAUGGUAACUCCGGGCAGUGAAGAUACUUGGGCCGACGUUGCAGCCCCGUCGCUCCGCCGCCUGGUCCAGAAUCGUCUCAACCAGCGCUUGUCACGGCAACGAAAACGGGAAAAGGAAGAGGCGACGGGGGCGACGAGACGUUCUCGGGGUCGGCCAAGCAAGGCCUCAGCCACAGCAGCCAGCACUGUCAUCACGCCCUCGGUAGCCGCCAAGGUACCGGCCAAGUCGUGUCUUUCAGACAGCCCAAGUAAUGCUUCCUACACUCUGGCCACUCCGGGGGUGCAAGAUUUCGGCAAGCUCGUUUUAAAACUCGUCGAGAAUUUAUCGACAGUCGUCCUGCGGCGCCUGAGCUGCGGCGACCCUUCCUCCGAUCUACUCCUCCACCUCACCACGCUCAACUCGCUGCGCGCCGUCACAUACAUCAUGGGAAUGCUGGACCUGCCCGCCAACGAGAUGCACGACGACGACUCCAUAUCGCAGUUCAACUCACAAGACCCCGUCGUCGUUGCCCGGCGCCAUCUCCUGCCGCCCAGCCUGCAGCCCACGGCCGCGCAGGUCGCCGUCGCGCACCAUCCGUGGAUCGACGUGUUUCCGUUUCCUUCGUUCCGGGACAGCCUGCUUCGGCACGAGGAGGAGCUGGCGGCGGACGAGGGCGAGCACGGCGAUGCGGAUCUGUGCGGCGACACGCUGGGCCUGAACCCGCACCGGCCGGCCGGGCUGCUUGUCUGGGGCGACCCGUGGCAGGCGGAGGCGUGGGAGGUGUCGGAGGCGUUUGCAAGCAAGUGGCGCUGGAUACUGCACGAUUGUCAUGAGAUUAGGGCGUCGACGAAUUAUUGGCGCGCGCGACGGGGUGAACCUGUUCUUGAGGAGGAGUGGUGA